AUGUUUGUCGACGGCCCAAACCCGACCAAGGUGCAGUUCGUGCCGCUGCACAAACGUGCGAACCCGCCGACGCCUCUCGUCCUCGUCCACGACGGAGGCGGAACCAUCUUCAGCUACUUCAUCCUCGACAGCCUCCAUCGCGAUGUCUGGGCCAUCCACAACCCGAGGUACUUUGACGGAGGACACUUCGAAGGCGGCAUGGACGAGAUGGCCCGCCACUACAUCGACCUGAUCCUCAAAGCCGGCAUCAGCGGCACCAUCCUGCUCGGAGGAUGGUCCCUCGGCGGCUUCCUCUCCCUCGCCAUGGCACGCAUGCUCGCCGAGGACGACUCGACGAACCUCACCAUCGCCGGCUUCCUCAUCAUCGAUUCUCCCUACCACAUUGCUCGCUCCAAGCUGACCAUGGCCACGUCCGAGUGCGAGAUAGUUGGCAUCCCCGACCUCGUGGCAAAGUCCUUUGACAACUGCGACCUGAUGCUGAAGCACUGGGAUCUUCCCUCGUGGGACGCCCCGGCGUGCAACGGCGACGAGGUCAAAGUCAGAGUCGCCGGCCGAAGCUUCACCAUCCCGCCUCGAGGCCUCCUUCACAAGCCGCUCGACGAAUCCUGGAGGCUGGUCGAGACGCGGCAGGCUCCGAGCAAAGAUCCCGUCGUCGGCUCCGUCGCACCCCCGCCGGCAGUCAUGGUUCGCUGCACGCGACCGGCGGAAAAGAAAAAGGGCGAAAACGAAUGCGACCCCUGUCUCAUCGACAUAUUCCGUCACAAGACCCUGCUGGGCUGGGAGGAAAACUACCCACAUUUCAUCAAGGCCGUCGUCGAUGUCGAUGCCAACCACUACUCCGUCUUUGACAAGUUUGACCAGCCAAAGGUUUGA